AUGUUGCGUGUAGAAACUGAUUUCAUCCGACACGACAAGACUAUCGGAUGCGAAAGCAGCAUGUUGCGUCUUCAUCCGACAGUCGUGUCGUAUGAAAUCAACUUCUACGUGCAACAUUCCUAUUACAUUAGAUUCGGUGCAUCCGACGUGACCCCUGUGCUUCCUCACGUCGCGUCGGAGAGUGGAGUUUCACCGCACAUACAGGUCAACACUGAGAACACAUUUCCCCCACAGAAACAUGACAGUUUUGAUUAUAUAGUUCUGCCAAUGACUGAGAAAUUGGAAAAAUCAAUGGCAGUGAGACAUAGUGAUGCACAAGGAAUCAAAGCAGAGAUGCCAAAAGAGGAGAGUCCCAAAGCACACAAACAGCUGCAAGUGGAGCGUCAGCUGAAAUGUUUAGCCUUUCAAAACCCGGGGCCCCAGGUGGCAGAUUUCAAUCCGGAGAAUCGAAUGCGGAAGAAGAAAGAGUGCAUGUCUCAGCUAAAUGGAUACUAUUCCACAAAGGUAUCUGUUAAGAAGUAUGACAAACAAGGCAAACUGCUCUGCAAUAACAAAGAUCUGUGUGACUGCUUAGAAGAGAGCUGCCAAGGUUGCUUCUACCCAUGCCCCAAAUGUAGCUCCACCAAAUGUGGACCCGAGUGCCGUUGCAACCGAAAGUGGGUGUAUGACAGAAUACAGGCAGAGGGUGGUGUUGUGAUCAGCAAACUGCCCUUCUCGGUUCCCAAUUCAUAGGAGUCUUCUAUACAAUUUGUGCUGGAACAUCUUCAUGAGGAACUGCACUGCAUCAAAAGCCCAAAACAUUAGCUGAAAUUAACCCCGUUCUUUUAAAAAGUACAAGGAGUUUACUUUUCAUUAGCAAUACUGGCUUAGUGGAGAUCUGGGGCCGUCUGCUUGCAACCUGUCACUAAUUGAAAAAAGAGGAUGAACCUUUUAUUUUUUAACCUGGACCCACCAAUACCAUCACAGAAGGCAAGGCUAAUGUGGCGACAGAAGAUUGUGGUUUAAUCUUCUCAAAUGUAUCAUGCAUACAAGUUUGGUGGGAAAGAAAUUAUGGUCUUGGGCUGUUUUCCACUGAAAGCAAAAAUUGUGCUUCCUACUUUGAUAUAGUAGCAAAGGAACGACCAACUUCAUUUUAACAGCCUUAAAUUUAUAAUAAUAUGGUGGCCAUGUUGCUGACUGGACACACUUGGUAAUACUGUUUUUUAAAAACAUUUAUUUUAUGAAUGAAGGCACCAAGUGCACCCUCUGUACUGAUAUAAUGAGGUGUUUUGACAUAUUUAAAUGUACCUGGAAUAUGGACCAAAACAAAGACCUUUUGUCAAUUGUGCCAAGUAAAAUUAUAUGUGUAGCAAGACUAGUUUUGAGGAUGUUUACAUAUUCUUUACAUAUGUAUUCCAUUUAUGAAAUGUCUUUAAAUUGUGACUAUGUGGGAAAUCAUGUUAGCACCUACAGUAAUUCAGUUAAUGUAUCUGAGGA